AUGCCAUCCACAAGCACAAUUAAAGAAUCUUAUACCGAUGUGUUGAUAAUUGGCGCAGGUCCAUCUGGUUAUAUGGCCGCCCUUUGGCUCGCAAGAUGUGGUAUCCCCACCAGAAUCAUUGACAAGAGAAGCAACGAGAUCUUCACUGGUCAAGCCGAUGGUUUGCAAAGUAGAUCUUUGGAAAUCUUCAAGUCCUUCUCCGAGGACUGCUUCGAUUGGGCCACCAUGGACCAAGCUUGGAAAGUUGCUAACCAAAUGGAGGAGAUUUGUUUCUGGUCCCCAGAUGAAGAAGGUGAAUUGGCCAGAAAGUCAAGAAUCCCAGACUCUAUCCCAAACAUUUCCAGAUUCACUGAAUCGGUUAUCCACCAAGGUAAGAUUGAGAAAUGGUUCACUGAGUCGAUCAAGAACUUUUCGGGAGGCUCCAUUGAAGUCGAAAGACCAUUAUUGCCAGUUUCCAUCAAGAUUGAUGAAAACGCCAAGGACCAACAAGAUUACGCCGUUGAAGUCUUGGUUAGGAAGUUAGACGACGACUUGGCCAGACCAGAACAAUACGGUGGUAUUGCCAAUGGUUUGUACAGAGCUUUCGACGGUGACCAGGACAAGUUCUACAACCAAAACAUUGACGAUGCCGACAAGAAAGAUUUCGAGUUGAUACACGCUAAAUACGUCUUGGGUGCUGACGGUGCUCACUCUUGGGUUAGAAAGCAAUUGGGAAUUGACAUGGAAGGUGAACAAACCGAUUUCGUUUGGGGUGUUGUUGAUAUCGUUCCAAUCACCGACUUCCCCGAUGUCAGAUCCAGAUGUGCCAUCCACUCCAAGGACUCUGGUUCCGUUAUGAUCAUUCCAAGAGAAAACGAUAUGGUUAGAUUGUACAUUCAAUUGAAAGAAGUCGACAGAGACGUAGAAACCGCUGGUGAUGCCAGAGAGUUCAUGGGCAACUGCGAUGAUCCAAAGGCUAAAACCAAGGGAAGAAUCGACAGAUCCAAGAUUACCCCUGAGUCCAUCAUUAACCAAGCUAGAGAAUCCAUGAAGCCAUACAAGUUGGACUACACCAACUUGACCUGGUACACUGCUUACCAAAUCGGUCAAAGAGUCUCACCAAACUUCCACAGACACUCGCGUGUCUUUAUCGCUGGUGACGCUUGCCACACCCACUCGCCAAAAGCAGGUCAAGGUAUGAACGUCUCGAUGCAAGACACCUACAACUUGGGUUUCAAAUUGGCCUUGGUCUGUAAAGGUUUGGCUAAGCAAGAUAUCUUGCAAACUUAUGAAUCCGAGAGAAUCAAAGUUGCUCGUGACUUGAUUGCCUUCGACCACAAGUUCUCGAGAUUGUUCAGUGGUAAGCCGAUGAUUCCCAACGCUGCCAUGUUGGAAGGUGAAGCCACAGGUUCCAACAUGGACGAGUUCCACUCGGUCUUCUUGCACGGUUCAAGAUUUGCUUCCGGUACCAUCUCCGACUACGACAACUCUUCAUUGAUCAACAAGGUUGGCGGUGCAACUCGUGAAGGUCAUGAAGAAGACGGUGUGUUUAGCCCAUUGGCCUCCAAGGUGCCACUCGGUAGAAGAUUGUUCAGUGACUGGGCCUUGGGUCAAAUUGACCACAGACCAUGGCACUUUGCUGACCGUUUGCCAUCAGAUGGUAGAUUCAGAGUUGUGAUCUUCCCAGGUGACGUUAAACAAUACCCAGAAAACAUGGAGAAGUUGCACUCUUUCAACGAACCACUCAUGGCUCCAGAAUCGUUCCUCAACAGAUACACCCCAAGAAACGCCUUCUUCAACUCGGUCAUUGAAUGUUUGGUUGUCCACGCCUCUUUGAGAAACGACGUUGAGUUCUACGGUUUCCCCGAGUUUGCCAGAAGAAAAGAUUACAGAGGAAGAGUCGACUACUGGUCCAUCUUUGCUGGUGUCGGAAAGACCCACAACACCUCCACCAAAGUUGACAUUUACUCAACUUACGGAAUCGACAAAAAGGCCGGUGCCAUCAUGGUUGUUAGACCCGAUGGCCACGUUGCUCAAGUCUCUGAGUACACCGGUGAAGGUUUGAAACAAGUGUGCGACUACUUCUCUGGUUUCAUGAUUGACCAAAGAGAAAUCGCCGUUCCUGAAAAGGAUGUCACCAGUUACGACUCGGACAGAUUCGAAAAACCAAGAUUAGCUGUUUAG